AUGUCGUUAAUAAAGGGGAUCGAGCGCGAAUAUGACGUUAUACUGGCUUCGACCUCGCCUCACCGGUACAGCAUCGUGACCGAGGUGCUCGGGUUCCACAACGUCGCCGUUAUGAAGCCGAACUUUGCAGAGGACCUCGACAAGGGUUCCUACCGCUCAAAUCCGGUGGGCUAUGUCGAGGAUACAUGCAAGGGCAAGACCACAAACGCAAUACAGCAGCUGGAAGCCGCAACUCCGAACAGGCCAAAGCUGGUUAUCUGCGCAGACACUGUAGUCCUCGGCGCGGACAACGUGAUCAACGAGAAGCCCGGUAACUCAGACGUGCAGCUCCGCAUGCUGCACAGUUUCUGCCGCAGCUCCGCGCCCGUGCGCGUUGUCACGGCAGUGCGCAUUGUGCGUUGGCGCAGCAGUGACGACGUCACCACGUUCGCAUUCACGGAGGAAACGACUGUGCACUUCGAUCCCUCUACACCGGAAGCCCUGCUGAAUGCAUACGUAGCGAGUGGAGACGGCCUGCAGGUGGCUGGUGGUUUCAAGAUCCAGGGCUUUCCCGCGACCAUGAUCCGUAAGAUAAACGGCGACUACUACAACGUCGUCGGCCUCCCAGCAAACAGGACCAUGGCGCACAUCCUCAGAGCCACCGGCCGCGAUGUCUGA